AGAUGGUCCUGUUCAUACAAGGGAAAUUCUCCUGAGAUCAGCUUGCUCUUCUAACAAGGAGAGAUAGUUUGCCUCACUGGGCCCACUCAUGAGUCACUGCCACAGAGAGGGUCCUUGGGCCAGAGGGAUAGUGUUUCUGAGGCCAGGGAGAAAUUGGGAUCCAAGCACAGGCACCCAAGCACCCCAUCACAAGCACCUGUAAUAUCUGCUCUGGGACUCAGUGUCCUGACUCCCUGGCCUCAGCUCUCCCAGAGCACCCACUUGUCUUCCAGUGAGAGAUUGUCCCCUAGGGAAGAUUAAUAAGAUAGAGGCAAAGACCCUAGUAGUGUGCAAAUAUUUCCAGGUUGGAGGAGAAAGACACAUUGGGGUUGGUAAGCCUGGGGUCCAGAUUACGGAGAGUGCCUGGUGAGUGAGGGAUGUGGGGGAGGGGAAUGGUUGGGAGAAUCAGGAAGGAGGGAGGGUCUGGGUGUCCUAGUUUGGAAGAAGAGUAUAGCAAGGGGAGAUCUGGAAGAAGGCCGGGAGAGUCUGCUCAGAAGGAGGAGGGUCUGAGUCCUAGAGCUGAGGGAGGGAGGGAGGUUGUGAGAGAAGGACUUAACAGAUGACCAGCCUGGUGGGUGGUGGCCCAGGUGGAAUUUGAGGCCUGGGAGGGGCCUAGAGUGGAAGAGGGUCACUGUAGUGGUGAAGGCAUUCCACAGGAUGGAGGGCAGGGCUUGGAGAGGGGAGGCAGGCAGGUCUGAGGACCUGCUCUAGGAGACACUGGAGGAAAGGGAAGAUCCUGGGGUUUCGGCAGGCUGGGGAGGGCGGGGCUCUUGGGACUGGAAGGACCCGCCCAGAGUGGGCUGGCUGGCAGCACAAGUGCUUUGAGCUAGGAUCUGGCUGCUUUCUUUCCUUGCAGCUGGGUUUACUCUGCCUUUCCUCCAUAGGAGCUGAGAUCAUUCUGCUUCCUUUAGAGCUGAGAUCGCUGUGCCGUCCGGAAGCCAGCUGUGGGCAUGGAGGUCCCAGGCCAACCUCCUGCCCUGGGAGCCUUCAGCCGGGUCCCCAGCUCAGUCUGCAGACCACCAAGGCCUGGCCCAAGCAGAAAGCCAGGAGCUAGAAGAGAAUGGCCUGGGAACCGGAGAUCCCUACCCCAGGAGCUGGUGACAUUCCAAGAUGUGGCUGUGGACUUCACCCAGGAGGAGUGGGGCCUCUUGGACCAUCCUCAGAAGGAGUUGUACAAGGAGGUCAUGCUGGAGAAUGCCCAGAACCUGCUCUCCCUGGGUGUUCCAGUUCCCAAAGAAAAUUUCAUCUCCAAUUUUGAGCAAAGGGAAGGACCACUGAUACUGGUGAGGGAAGACCCAAGACACUCCUCUCCAGAUGGAGAGACCAGGCAUGAAAUGAGGGAGACCACUUCAGAGCUGAGCAUUUCUGUGGGAGAAUCACAACAGCCAAGAUAUAUGAGUGAUGAUCACCUCAAUUUAAGAGCAGUCUGUGACUCUGAUAUCAAGAUAGAGAAAAAACAAAAGAGUCAUUCUGAGUUUGAUAAAGAUGGAAACAGCUUCAGACAAUAUUCAGUCCUAAUUCACUGUAAGAAAAUGACCUCAGGGAAUGACUGUUGUCAGGAUACUGAAUAUAGGGAAUGCUCUACUGAACAGGUAGACCUUGUUGAGUCUUGUGAGAAGCCUCCUGAAGUGCAAACUUACCAAUGUGAGAUGGCCUCCAGCUUGAAUUCAGACCUAAUUAGACAUCAGAAGAGUCAUAGUGGAAACAUGCACUAUAUCUGUAAUGAAGGUGAGAAGGCCUUCAGCCAUAAUUCAGAGCUCAUUGACCAACAGAAAAUUGAGAAUGCAAAGAAACAUUAUAGAUAUAAUGAAUGUGGUGAAGUCUUUAAGCAACAGUCAUCCAUUACACUCCAUCAGAAAUUUCAUACUAGUGAAAAGCUACAUAACUGUAUGCAAUGUGGAAAGGCCUUCAGGAGACAGUCAUCCCUUAUUUCCCAUCAGAGAAUUCAUACUGGAGAGAAACUCCGUGAGUGUCAUGAAUGGGAUAAAGCUUUCAAUGAAAAGUCAUCCCUUAUUGUACAUCAGAGAAGCCACGCUGGAAGGAAACCUUAUGAAUGUAAUCAGUGUGGAAAGCCUUUCAAACAGAGCUCUUAUCUUUCUGUACAUCAGAGAAGUCACACUGGAAAACAACCUUAUAAAUGUAAUCAAUGUGGAAACACUUCUAGACACAGCUCCAAUCUUACUAAUCAUCAGAAACUCCACACUGGUGAGAAACCUUAUGAAUGUGAUCAAUGUGGAAAGGUUUUCACACAGAGGGCCACUUUUACUAAACAUCAGAGGAUCCACUCUGGAGAGAAACCUUACAAAUGUAGUCAGUGUGGAAAGGCUUUCAGAAAGAGCUGCAAUCUUGCUCAGCAUAAGAGAAUCCACACUGGAGAGAAACCUUAUAAAUGUGAUCAGUGUGGAAAGACUUUCAGCCACAGCUCCAAUCUUACUGUACAUCAGAGAAGCCACACUGGAGAGAAUUGUUAUGAAUGUAAUCAGUGUGGAAAGGUUUUCACACAGAGGGCCACUUUUACUAAACAUCAGAGAAUCCACACUGGAGAGAAACCUUAUGAAUGUAAGCAGUGUGGAAAGACUUUCACUAACUCAUCUAAUCUUGCAGGACAUCAGAGAAUCCACACUGGAGAGAAACCUUAUAAAUGUAAUCAGUGUGGAAAGAGUUUUAGACACAGCUCCAGUUUUGCUAAACAUCAGAGAAUCCACACUGGAGAGAAACCUUAUAAAUGUAGUCAGUGUGGAAAGACUUUCAGGCACAGCUCUAGUCUUAUUAAUCAUAAGAGAAUCCACACUGGUGAGAAACCUUAUGAAUGUAAUCAAUGUGGAAAAAGUUUCAGAGAGAUCUCUGAUCUUGCUGAACAUCAGAGAAUCCACACUGGAGAGAAACCUUAUGAAUGUAAUCAAUGUGGAAAGGCUUUCAGACACAGUUCCAGUGCAUCUGCACAUAAGAGAAUCCACACUGGAGAGAAACCUUAUAAAUGUAAUCAAUGCGGAAAGGCUUUCAGACUGAGCUCUAGUCUUGCUGCACAUCAGAGAAUCCACACUGGAGAGAAACCUUAUGAAUGUCAUCAGUGUGGAAAGGUUUUCACACAGAGGGCCAAUUUUGCUAAACAUCAGAGAAUCCACUCUGGUGAGAAACCUUAUGAAUGUAAUCAAUGUGGAAAGACUUUUGCAAAUAAAUCCAAUCUUGUUGAACAUCAGAAAAUUCAUACUGGAAAGAAACUUUAUAAAUGUAAUCAAUGUGGAAAGAGUUCCAGACAGAGCUCCUGGCUUGCUCAACAUAAGGGACUCCACACCAGAGAAAAACCUUAUAAAUGAAAUCAACGUGAUAAAACCUAUCAGUAACAGUCAUCCCUGAUUGCUUACGUGAGAAUUCAUACUAGAUAUAAAUCUUAUCACUGUAAUGAAUGAGAGAAAGCAUUCAAAUGAGGGAUGUGGUAAAACAAUUUUGCUGCCUAUGACAAUUUAGAAAGUUGGUAGGAAAGAUCUGUCUCACUUGGGAGAGAGUGGAGUAGGUAUCAGAAAAUUCAUUCUGAGGACAAGCUCGAUAUAAACUCAAUGUGAGAAAACCUUCAGUCAGAGAUCAUCUCUUUAUGUCAGAGAACUCAUAGUGGGAGAAACUUUAUUACGGUACUAAUUGGGGACACGCCUUUUGAUGGAAGAGGGAAGACCCUAAACAUCAGAAUACUCACACUGGAAAUAAGGCUCAUAAAAGCAGUGAUUGUGGGAAAGCCUUGACAUGGAGGUCAUACCUGACUAUACAUUGGAGAAAUUAUGCUGGAGAUAAAACUUAUGAAUCAAUUAAUAAGUAAACCUUUUGCUUGAGCACAGAUGUAGACAUUCCAAAUUUCACACUGUGCAUAAAGUCCUAUAAAUGUAAUGAAUUUUUCUCUGAAAGGCUAUUGUUUUUUCAGUACAUCCCCAUAAUAUUCCAUAAAUAUUCCAUAUUUAUAUACUGUAACUUCAUCAGGCUUCCCCAUUUUAAUACUUACUUGUUUCCUAUUCUUUGUUGACACAAUUUUGAUAUAAAUGUUUUCGUAAAAAACAAAAAAUAAAUAAAUGUUUUGGUAACUAUUUGACAUUUAUUUCUGUAAUGAUUUCUUUUGGCUGGAAGUUGGCACAGCAGAUAAAGUACUACU